AUGCUUCUCGCCAAUAUUGUAGUUCUCCUGGCCGCAAACCUUGCCACUGGCGCUGCUGUCGCCGUAGGCACCUCGUCAGACGUAAUCAACCUCGACGCUACGGACCUCCAGCGCCGCGCCGCUUGUGCCGCAGCCGGCGUUGUCAACGGCCAGUGCGGCCGGUACUACCGCGGCACCGGCUGUAGCGACCAAAUCGGAGCAAUCGGGCCCGGCAGAUGCAGCGGACAAUGCUACUCCUCCUCCGACGCCAUCGCCAGCCUUAGGGCCGUCGGCGACGGGACCUAUGGGACUAACUGUCACCUGUACUAUGACAGCAACUGCCAGAACCAGAUUGGCGAGACUGGAAACGCUAUUGUUGGUGGCGGGAAGUGUUACACGCCUCCGAGCGGGCAGACUGGGCAUAGCUUCUUGUGCUGGUAUAGGUGCUAG